CUCCCAGUCCCAGAGGUGUCGCAGCAGCUCGGUACAAAUUCUAGAAACACAUCCCAGCCUCCCCUGCGCUUCCAAUAUGGAGGACCUGGCUGUAGAAGUGCGCGGAUCCAAUGGAGCUUUUUAUAAGGCAUUUGUUAAAGAUGUGUUUGAAGAUUCGCUUUCCAUCACCUUUGAGAAUAAUUGGCAACCAGCACGUCAGAUUCCUUUCUGUGAUGUGAGGUUACCACCCCCGUCUGAUCUCAAAAGGGAGAUAAGUGAAGGGGAUGAGGUUGAGGUUUACUCGAGAGCAAAUGAACAUGAGCCCUGUGGCUGGUGGCUUGCCAAAGUUCGGAUGAUGAAAGGAGAUUUUUAUGUCAUUGAAUAUGCUGCCUGCGAUGCAACGUACAAUGAAAUUGUUACUUUUGAGCGAUUGCGUCUGGUGAAUCCAAAUAAGGCAAUUACAAAGAACACUUUCUUUAAGUGCACAGUUGAUGUUCCAGAUGAUUUAAAGGAAGCCUGUGCAUGUGAAAACGCACAUAAAGAUUUCAAGAAGGCAACUGAGGCAGACUGCGUUUUCUAUGAUGCUGACACUGGUCAGUUGUUGGUUUUGUCUACCAAAGAGGCUACAGUGAAGAGAGUUAGCAUCCUUAGUGAUAUGCACUUGCGUAGCAUUCGUACAAAACUCAUGCUUAUGUCCAGGAAUGAAGAGGCAACCAAACAUUUGGAGAGUACCAAACAGCUAGCAGCUGCAUUCCAAGAGGAAUUCAUUGUCAGAGAGGAUCUAAUGGGACUAGCAAUCGGAACGCAUGGUUCCAAUAUCCAGCAAGCAAGAAAGGUUUCUGGUGUUACAGCAAUUGAACUUGAUGAAGAAACUGGGACAUUCAGGAUUUAUGGAGAGACUGAAGAGGCAGUCCAGAAAGCUAGAAGUUAUCUUGAAUUUGUGGAGGAUUCUGUUCAGGUUCCCAGGGAAUUAGUAGGAAAAGUAAUUGGCAAAAAUGGUAAAGUUAUUCAGGAGAUAGUAGACAAAUCGGGAGUGGUUAGAGUGCGAAUUGAAGGUGAUAAUGACAGUAGGCAACCAAGAGAAGAGGGAAUGGUUCCAUUUACUUUUGUUGGAACGAAGGAAAGCAUUGGAAAUGUGCAGGUUCUUUUGGAGUACCAUAUUUCUUAUCUGAAGGAAGUAGAACAGCUGAGAAUGGACCGGUUGCUAAUUGAUGAGCAACUACGGCAGAUUGGUAUGGGGUAUAGGCCAGUGGCAAGUCGGCCAGAAAAAGAUAAGGGCUAUGUCACUGAUGAGAGUACUGCUUCACUGCGUGGUAGCAGACCCUAUCGUGGCCGUGGUCGUCGAGGUCCAAAUUACACAUCGGGUUAUGGUACAAACUCUGAAUUGUCAAAUGCUUCGGAGACUGAAUCUGAAAGAAGAGAUGAACUAAGUGACUGGUCACAGGCUGCUGAAGAUGAUCGGGAUUCAAGACCACAUCGUGAUAAUCGCAGGCAGCCUGGAACAGGGAGAGGUCGGAGUGGUGGGCAAUCCAGCAGAGGUCGUGGGGGAGCACGAGGUGGCAACUCAUCAAUUAGUUCAGUGUUCAAGGAUCCAGAUAGCAAUCCUUACAGUUUGCUAGAUAAUGCAGAUAACACAGAAACGGACCAAACAGCAGACACUGAUGGUAGUGAAUCUCACAGCAGCUCAGCCCGCCGCAGGAGAUCACGUAGACGAAGAACUGAUGAUGAUGCUACCAUGAUUGAUGGAAUGACUGAAUCAGACAGUGCUUCAGUUAAUGAAAAUGGUAUAGAUGAUAAUGAAAGGAAGCCACAGCGGCGUAAUCGUAGCCGCAGGCGUCGUUUACGUGGUCAAACUGAAAGCUCUGUGAGCAGAGACAACCAGCCAGUAACUGUAGCUGAUUAUAUAUCUCGGGCAGAAUCUCAGAGUCGACAAAGGACCCAGCCGAAAGCAAAACUUGCUGCCAGCAAAAAAGCAGUUACCUUGGUGCAAGACGAUGUGAUUGAAAUCUGUCCAGGUGUUAAGACCAUGAAUGGAACAAGCAAUAUUUCUGAAGAAGUCUCUGCAAACAAGGUUUCUAAUUCUAGUGAAAGCCCACAAAGAGAUUACCAAGGAAAUGGAACUGAAGUUGUGGUGAAUGGUGUUUCUUAAAAAUUAUCCACCAUUAUCCAGUUCUAUAUAAGUUACAUUUUCUAAUAGUGCUUGUAAAAGCUUGCCAAAGAUAGAGGAAGGACUGCCAGACUUUACGGCGCACUUUUUUCUAGUUCCUCCAUACUGGAAUGGAGAUGGGGAGGGUUCUUGAAUAAAACACUUGUAUGAAUUUGUUUUUCACCUAGUUAAGUUCUCAAUACAUUAUCAGAUGUUGUGCCUUCAGACAGUAGAUGCAAAAUUAAGAGCUAGCUGGUUGUAGGAAUAUGUUUUAAAACGUAUAAAGAAAUUUCAGAUUAUUCUGGAGAUGGAGAUCACUGACAUUUACUGUAAUAUGGAGUAAAGCAUUGGCUGCUUUUUGUCAAGUUCUCCAAUAUGCAACCACUUUUUCAUUGAAUAAAACAAUAGAAAAAUGCAGUUUCAAAAUUUUGCACUGAAUUGUAAAUUUAACAUUAGGAAUACUAGGUGAUACUAGUCUGGAAACUGGUCAAUUUUACUAAAUCUCUGUAGGUUUUUUAAUGUUGUAUGUAGAGAAAAUUGCAGACCACUGGAGAUUACUUGUUUGCAUCUAUACAUCUGCAGGGACAAUGGGAUGUUGGCAGUGACUAUUUUACAAGGGGCUUGUUUGGUUUAUUUAUUAACUGUACAGUAUUUAAAAAUCAAGCAAUGCUUUAAAUAUUACACUAAACUGGUUGUAGAUGUCAUUGCCAAAAUAAUCCAACUACUGUAAGAUUAAGUUCCAGAGAAACAAUUUUCCAUGUAAACUACAUUGGUUAGAGUCCUUAGGGUAUUUUUAUUUUGUUUUGGUUGGUUGAUGUGCAAUAUGUUUUGUAUGCAGAUAGUUGAUGAAUAAAGUUUGAUCUUCCAUCUUCUGACAAAAUAUGCAAAGAAAUGUUUUCUCUGGCUUUAUUUUGAAAUGUUUUCAAAUUUGAAAUUAUUUAUGUAUUUUGUAAAUAUUGCACCAAGUGAUAUCUUUAGAAUAUAGAUUUGUUCAAAAACAAUAGUUGUGCUUUUCUCCCAGAACAAUUUAAGACUCUCCCUAUAUACACACAUUGAGCCACACAAAAUAUAGAGCCUGGUACUCAGAGAGCAACAUUCUAGAUUGAGAAUGUAAGAUACUGAAAAUGAGGACUCCUGAUGCUGCUUUUUGAUCUUAUUGCUGCUAUUUAUUUUGGGGAUUGUAGAUUUGUCGCAUUGUAUUCUAGCCUCAAUUUAUGAUGAACCACGAAAAAGUCCUAAAUAAAUGAUUAGCAAUUUGAUGGACAUGUUGAUACAUUGACUAACUGACCAAAGGAAAAUGUACAAAUUCUCAUUUUUAUCCUGGCCUGUUUGAGUGAGAAAGUUUCUUGCACCUUUCCACUGCUUAUUUGUGACAUGCCCACACAUUCUGGCUACGAGGUGCAUGAUGAAAAAUGGCAGACAAAGAAAUCAUUCUAAGUGUUGCUGGAUAUUUUUUCUGGUUCAGCAUUCAUCAUUCCACAUAGUUAAGCUUUUUUUUUAAAACCUGGAACUUAUUAUAUAGAGAAUUUAUUGUUGAGUAUUGUGGUCAUAUUAGUCAUUAUUUAAUUAUGCUUACUGGUUCUAUCAUAUGCUCUGAUUCUUCCUUGACUCUGCAAUGUCUCAUUAUAUUAUAACUACCACACCAAUUUAUUAGGCAGUAAGUCAACACAUUUGUUCCUACUACAUUAAACUACCAUGCCUAUUUGAUACUGUAUAUACCAUAGUUACUUGCAUUCCACAGAUCUCUAACAAAUCUAUAUCUGCUCACUGGAAUGAGAUGGUGAGAAAUUUUUAAAACCUCAAACAAUCAGCUACUAAUUAAACAUUCUGUUCAAGAUGAGAUGUUUCAAUUGAAUAGCUUGGCUCCUCUCUCAGAAAGAACAUAUCAUGCUUGAAGAGCUUUAGCAGUGAGCUGGAGGAUGGAGUUUUUUUUUGUUUGGCACAUGGAAUCUGUCAAAAAAAAUGGCUGCUGCCCUUUCUUACAACUUAAAUAGUAAUAUCCAGAUUCACCAAUUUUCACUUAUCUCACUCAUCAAAUGAGAUUUUGUAUUUUAGAUAAAUACUUGGAUUUAAACUGGUUGAGUAUUAUUCUGAUUGACUUGCUCUUUGUUAGGUAUCAUUAAAAGUGUCUCUCUAUAGCUGGUGUAGAUUAACUUGUGUGCUGUGUACGAGCUAUUUCUGUUUUAAUACUCAGAAAAAUGAACAAUCUAAUUUAGUGCCAGGAUUUUGAUCUAGGCUGAGAUUCUAGUGCAAAAGAUCUUUUUUGUGUUUUUAAAAAAAAUGAAAGAAUUUGUGCUUAAUCUGCUUUUUUAGUUAUUGGUUAGCACUUAUCUAUCCAAUACUUUAUUGCUGUUUUGGGAUUCUGCAACAUGGUGUUUAGUGGUUGUUUUCGUCGUGUAAGAGUAAUAUUUUAGACUUUGUUAGUUGUAAAGCGUUUUGGGGAAUCAUGACUGUGUAACCUUAUAUAAUUGGUAUUAUUUAUUGCAUCUGGUGCUCCUGGUGCAACCUUCUCUACAUCGGUGAGACCUGACAAAGAUUGUGGGAUCACUUCAUCGAGCAGUUUCGCUGCAUCCACCAUAACAGCCAGGAUCUCCUAGUGGCCAGCCAUUUUAAUUCCACUUCCCAUUCCCACACUGACAUGUUUGUCCAGGCCUUCUCUACUGCCAAAUUGAGGUUAAAUGCAGAUUAGAUGAACAGUAGAAUAUUCCACCUUGGUAGUUUCCAAGCUGAUGGCAUGAAUAUUGAUUUUUUUUUUCUAACUUCCAGUAACCACUCCCCUCUGUCCCUUG